UCCACAAACAUCUCACCCAAACUCUCUCGCUCUCUGCAUCCAUGCAGUCUCACUUUCAUAAUCUUCUUUAACAAAUUAGGACCCAAUCCUAAUUCCCCUCUGAAGACAGACACACACACACUAACUCUUAUGGCUCUGUUCAAGGCACGGAACAAUAGGAGAUCAUCAUCACCUUCUUACGUAUCAACCUUAACAAUAUUACUAUUCAUCGCACUGUGUGUUUUUGGUGUAUGGAUGCUAAGCUCCAGCUCUCUAGUCUCACCUCAAACACAGAGCGAUGAGAGUACCACCACGCGCACGGCCAUCGACACCUCUUCAACCACCGAUACUGAUUUCUCUUCCUCGCAAGACAACCCUGAAACCACCACCAUAAAAACAGAUGAUUCAGCUGAAACGACCACCAAAAGUGAAGAACAAAAGAAUGAUGAAGUCUUCAGAGACAAUCCUGGUAAUCUUCCUGAUGAUGCCAUUAAGUCUGAUGACAAAAACUCAAACAAUGAGCAACAUAAACAGCAGAGUGCCAUUAGUGAUGCUCAGAUAUCAGAGGAAAGCACGUUAACCCAGAAAGAACAAGCCUCCACGAUACAUGAAACGGUUUCAGACAAGGAUCAGACAAUUUCUGAGUCAGAGAGAGUUGAGCAAAGUGGCAAUGAAGAUGGAAAUAAAAAGGAGGAAGAAGAGAAUGCCAACACUCAAGAUUCUACAGAAUCUGUUAAUGCAGCUGAAAAUCAAGAACAAGGCACUGAACAGCAACAAGAUGCUGUUCAGAGUUUUGACACUAACAACAAUGAAGAUGAAUCAAAUAAAGAGCAGUUAAGAGAGGACAAAGGGGAGAAUGAGACCGCAGAGAAAGAUGGGCAGAUGAAAUCCAAUGAAGAUGGAAAUUCUGAUUCCAAAGCAGGUGAAAGCUCUCAGGUUGAGCCAGAGAAAAAUGAGAAUCAGAAAGUCCAAGAUGAAAGUGAAGAAACGCAGAAGCCAAAAGCAGAGAAGAAAGGAAGCAAGUCGAACAAGAAGUCAUGGAAAACGCAAGCAGAUCAGUCACAUAGCGAAAAGAAGAGACAGAAGGAUGAAUCAGAAACUCCAGAGAAAUUGCAAGAGCACGAGUGGUAUCUCUGCAAUGUCACGGCAGGGGCGGAUUACAUACCGUGUUUGGACAAUGAAAUGGCUAUCAAAAAGUUACGUAGCACAAAACAUUUUGAGCACAGAGAAAGGCAUUGUCCGGAAGAGGCACCCACUUGCCUCGUGCCAACUCCCAAAGGUUACAAAAGAUCCAUUGAAUGGCCAAGUAGCAGAGAUAAGAUAUGGUAUCACAAUGUACCUCACUCCAUGCUAGCAGAGGUGAAGGGACACCAGAAUUGGGUGAAGGUGACAGGUGAAUUCUUAACAUUCCCUGGUGGUGGCACCCAGUUCAUUCAUGGAGCUCUACACUACAUUGAUUUUCUUCAAAAGGCUGAGGCUGGAAUUGCAUGGGGAAAGCACACCAGGGUGAUCUUGGAUGUUGGGUGUGGGGUUGGUAGUUUUGGAGGAUACCUAUUUGAAAGAGAUGUUGUUGCAAUGUCUUUUGCACCCAAAGAUGAACAUGAAGCACAAGUACAGUUUGCCCUUGAGAGAGGCAUUCCUGCCAUAUCUGCUGUCAUGGGUUCUACAAGAUUGCCAUUCCCUAGCCGUGUGUUUGAUCUUAUACAUUGUGCACGUUGCAGAGUACCUUGGCAUGUAGAUGGUGGCAUGUUGCUUUUGGAAUUGAAUCGGCUUCUGAGACCGGGUGGUUAUUUUGUUUGGUGUGCUACUCCCGUGUACCAAAAGCUCGAAGAAGAUGUCGAGAUAUGGAAAGAAAUGUCCUCACUAACAAAGAAAAUGUGUUGGGAGCUUGUCACUAUCAACAAGGAUGAACUGAAUCAUGUUGGCGCUGCCAUUUACCGCAAACCCACUUCCAAUGAAUGCUACGACAACCGGGAGAAAAACCAACCUCCAAUGUGCAAGGAUGAUGACGAUUCAAAUGCUGCCUGGUAUGUACCUCUGCAAGCGUGCAUGCAUAGAGUGCCUGAAAACCAGGCUGAGAGAGGGGCCAAGUGGCCUGAAGUUUGGCCUCGUCGAGUGAAGAAAGCCCCGUAUUGGUUAAACAGCUCAGAGGUUGGGAUCUAUGGAAAACCAGCUCCUCAAGAUUUUACAGCAGACACUGAACGUUGGAGAAACAUUGUGGAUGAGUUGAGUAACAUUGGAAUAACUUGGUCUAAUGUGAGAAAUAUCAUGGACAUGCGAGCUGUCUAUGGGGGAUUUGCAGCAGCUCUGAGGGAACUUCCUGUUUGGGUAUUCAAUGUUGUGAACAUAGAUGCUCCGGAUACACUUCCCAUCAUCUAUGAGAGGGGUCUUUUUGGGAUAUACCAUGAUUGGUGUGAAUCCUUCAGCACAUAUCCAAGAACUUAUGAUCUACUGCAUGCAGAUAAUCUUUUUUCAAAGCUAAAAGAGAGGUGUAAACUUAUUCCUGUUAUGGCAGAGGUGGAUAGAAUAAUCAGACCUGGAGGUACGUUGAUUGUGCGUGAUGAACCGAACACCAUCAAAGAAGUGGAAGCUCUGUUAAAAUCUCUACACUGGGAAAUAACUUACACAAAAGAACAAGAAGGCAUGCUCUGUGCCAAGAGAGGCACUUGGCGACCUGACUCUGCAGCUUUGUCCUGA